GUCCGCCGCAUGGCCCCGAGCCACUACUGCCCGCCGGGCGUAGCAGUAGGGAGAGUCGAGUGCGGAGCGGAGGCUGCGCGUUGAGAUGACGUUGUGAUUGUGCGACGCUGAGGGAGCGAUGGCGGCGGCGCGGCGUGACGGGACCGAGCGCGAUGCCGUGGAAAGUGCAGGAGGCGCGACCCAGCGACCACGGCAGAAACGGGUGUGGAGGCCCAUGGCGAUGCACGGCCUGAUGGGGAGCGUCCAGCAGGGACGAGGAUUUGCAUUUCGGAGAAAACAGAAGAUUGAAAGAAAAUACAGGAAAUUAUUGAAGAAGGAGCAGAAGAUCUGUUCAUCACGGGCUGAUCAGUUCACAGAUACUUACCCAGAGCAUCUGAAGCAUCUCUACCUAGCAGAAGAAGAGAGGCUUAAGAAACAGCGCAAGUCUCCAAAUGAUUCAGUUCUGUCAGAAGAAAAGCUUAAUAAGGCAGUAGAACCAGUUAUAACUGAAGGAAAGUUUAAGAAGAAAACAUCCAAUCAGAAGACAAAAGAAGAGUAUGAGAAAAUACAGGCUGAGCGUGCAAAGAAGAGAGAGGAAGCAGAAAAAAGAAAGCAACAAAAAGAAGCAGCUCAGAGGUUGUACAAGCAAAAGAAAAUGGAAGCUUAUAAAGUACUGAGUAGGAAGACAAAGAAAGGACAACCGAAUCUAAAUGCACAAAUGGAGUUUCUUCUUCAGAAGAUACAACAAAAGACAUAAACCUAUGCAUAAACCUCAGUUACAGGUUUUGAGUUACCUGUGGACAUUUUAUUAAAUGACUUUCAGUAAAUAACAUCUUUUUGUUUCUACUUGACUUUUUACCAUUGGCACAAUUUAUCUUCCACAAUUGGACUGAUGAGAUAUUCAUCCUGAAAGUAUUCUGUUCUUAAGAGUCAGUGAGGCCUGGUGCUUUGAAAAUAAACGGUCUGUAUUACUAAAAGUCUAUUUGUGUAAUAUCCUGAAUUCCAAAUCAUUAGGUCUUGGUACCAUCUGAAUACGAAUGUACGUUUGUUUUAUAGCUCUUGACACUUCCUGCUGGUGUGACUGCUACAGUGAUGCUUACUGAAGAGGAGCAAAAUGAGUGGAGUAAAAUGCGACAUGUUUGAUAAUCUCAUGAACUGCCAAGGCAAGAAGUAUUCUGUUGGAUAGGGUUUGACACAUGAAAACAAAGAACAUCAAUUAUAUUUGGAUGGCUAUUAUUCCCUUUGAAACAACGAAAGUCAAAAAAACAUGUUCUAAAAUUAAAUAUAUGGUAUAGACUUUGAUCUUUGUGGUCCCUCCCAACUUGGGGUGUUCUGUAAUUCUGUGAAAUCUUAGUUAAUGUGGAGAUUUAAUUAGUGAUCUUUAAUAGAAUGAAAAGGUUUGCAUUGAAAGUAAUGCAGUUUUUCAGGGCAUGCUCUGUAAGAUUUUCAAUACUUCUACAAAUUGCAAUGUAAUUAUCACAUUAGAACUUGAUGCCAAAUGCAAAAUUCUCCUUAUUUAAAAUGUAUGAGAAAUAGAAACAGUUUUGAAUAGUUUGACAAGUAGUGUUAAUUGAAGAAUAGUUUAGGAGUUCGGGUUGGCUAAAAUUCUUGUUAUGUCAGUAUCUUCAGGCUUUUUCCAAAUGUCAUUAAACGUUCUGCAAGGCUUGGCAUCUUUUCUUUCUUGUGACUUGGAUGCAAGUCAUAAGAAGAGUAUAGGAAGCUUUCUGAAAUGAACAUGUCCUUCCUUGUGGAAGACAAAGGGAAACAGUGACAUGCUGGUAUUGUUCUUUUCUGAUAAUUGCUGUAAUUAAAGUCCUUACAGAAAGGCUUUGGUUGGAAGGGAUCUUAAAAAUUAUUUAGUUCUGACCCCCCUGUUGUGGGCAGGGUUGCCAUGCGCUACAUCAAGCUGCCCAGGCCCUCAUCCAUCUUGGCCUUGAACAGGUACCUCCAGGGAUGAGGCACUGUCAAUUUUGGAUUGCUCCGCACAGAAGCAAUGAAGAGGAAAAAACAACUAUUUGACAGUAAUACACAAGACUUUAUCUUCUGAAUAAUACAAAAGGAAUAUCAUUCAUAUAAAUUCAUGGUUGAAAUCCAUCCUUUUCCAUUUGCAUGUGUCUGUAACCUAUACAAUCUUUUAAAACACCAGCUAAGGAAAUAGAAAGCGUAAGUAUUUAGAACUGUUACCUUAGAAAGAUCUCACCUCAGUUUGCCAUUAGCUUAGUCGUAUGUACUGGGCACAAGUCUGUAGGGAUGACAUCUUUCCUGUUUAUAUGGGAAAGGUUUCAGGAAAUGACAGGUGUUAGACUGAGAAUGCAUUAGUCCAUGGCCAUCCUGGAUUACUAUUACUGUUAUUCUGCCUGUAUACCAGUAUCCUUUUAGAGAUGGUGUUUAUCUGUAAAGCAUUUGGAUUAAAUUUAAAUUAUGUAUUUGAA